UGAAUGACAGUCAACGGCCCAAUCACCCUCUGCGAAACUUCCGUGAAGCUCAUCACUCACACAAAUCACAUCAACGAAGCCGACAGACAGCUCGAAGGUCCUUUUGAUCACUGAUUAUUUAUAUUUGAUUUCUCACCAACAACAACCACCAUGAGCGGCGCAGAGGAUAGUAGUAGUAAUCCACCAGAUCUCGUGAAUGAGAACACUACUAGUACUCCAACUCCCAAGAUGGAAACGAGCAAGACAGAAGACAGUGGUGGCGAGACGGAUGACUCUCUUGUCAUUGUGGAUCCUUCGGACGUCGUGACAGAUAGUCCACCGGAAGCCCUUCAGAUUUUCUCGAUUGGCAGUGAAGAGGAUGCGUAUUCGUUUACGUUCCAUGAAGCGAAACUGCAGUCCGUUUUGGCCAAAGUGCCCGAGGACUGCAAGGUCUCUGUCGUGAGUGUGGUGGGUGCCUUUCGAACCGGCAAGAGUUUUGUCUUGACUUUCUUUCUCCGAUUCUUGAAUCUGUUGGAAGAGAAUCCCAGUCUUGUGGAAGAAGACAGCCAAUGGUACAACCAAUUGGAGUCUGUUGGAAAUAAGGGCUUUGAAUGGAAGGCUGGAAGUGAACGAAAUACUACUGGAAUUUGGAUGUGGAAUCAGCCGUUCUUUCUGAAUGGUGGAAAAUUGGCAGUCUUGUUGGUGGACACCCAAGGCAUGUUUGAUCACGAGACCACCAUGACUCUCACCACCUGCAUUUUUGGAUUGGGAUGUCUCAUGAGUAGCUAUAUGAUCUACAAUGUCGACAAGCGAAUCCAGGAAGACAACCUGCAGCACUUGGCGCUCUUUACGGAAUAUGCCAAAAUGGCAAUGGCGUCCAACGAAACGGAUCGAGACAAAAAGCCAUUUCAACUCGUCGAAUUUUUGGUACGUGAUUGGCAGCACUUUGAUGAUGAGGAAGAGUCCGCUGUCAAAAUGGCCGAGUCCAUGCAGGCAUACCUCAACGAUGAGGUCAUGCAAAUGAGAGAAGCCAACGAUUUGAAGGAGACGCGGGAGCAAAUCAACGAUUGCUUUCAGAAAGUAUCCUGCUUUGGACUCUGCCAUCCAGGAACCAAGGUGACCAAGAAAAAGUACGACGGGGCCGUCAAGGACAUUGAACCGGAGUUCCUCAAGCUGCUAGAUCUCUACUGUCGACGCAUCUUUAGCGACAAAUUGACACCCAAAAUUAUCCACGGACAAGAGCUGGGACCACAGGAAUUUUUCAACUACACCAAGGCAUACGCCGCAAUGUUUGCCGAUGGGGCCAAGUUCCCAGAGGCUGGGACAAUGUUGGAUGCCACGGCAUCGGCGAACAAUACCAAUGCCAGAGAUGAGGCUCUCAAAAUCUACAAGGAGGUCAUGGAUCGCAUUGCCGGUCCAAGCUGUAGCAGCUUUGUCAAUGUGCAACAGUUGGAGGAUGACCACAAACAUAACGUCACGCAGGCGCUCGAGAUCUUUGAUGCAAGAGCUAAUUUUGGGAGUUCGAAAAACAUUCAGAAAUCGCGACGAGACGUUCAAAUUGCUAUCGACGAGCAGUUUGUGUCCUACCGAAAACUCAACGAACAACGCAAUCCUUUGUUUGGAAUGGAAAUUUACAUCAUUCCUCUUGCCACUGCUGGAAUUUCCUACCUGGUCAAGUUCUUUGUCGACUUGACGUGCUCGCACAACGUCUGUAUUUCGACGUCUCAGCUACUGAAGGAGUUCAUGUCGUUUGCUCUCUGCUUUCUCGGAAUUUUGGUCAUUACGAAAUUCGAGCAAAUCAGGGAAUUCUACGACAGAAUUCAAGGGAUGUACAAGGCUAUGAAUCAACCGCCUCCAAAACCCAAGCAGGAUUAGGCAACUCUUCUGUUUUGGUUUUUGCGAUGCUCGCAUUGAGACGUGAAACAACAAUACACGCACAAAAUUGACGCUACUCAGCCGUUGAAAGCACCCACCUCCACACUACUCCGUAAAUCUAAAACAGGAACGCCGUUGACGGCACCGUGUUGGCUCCUUUCGCAAUGGCACAACAAAGAAAUACGUACUUUCAAUAAUUACAUCUACUUAAUCUAAUUCUGGACC